AUGGUUUUGUUAUUCACAUACACUCGGUUAGUCUCCGCGGUGGAACUUUGUGAAAAUCUUCAAAAGAAUUGUGGAGCAUUUACUAAAUGCAGUAGGGUGUCCCAAGAGGUCAAAAAACAUUGCAUUAGACUGCUCGUAGAGGGUGAGACAUUUCCAGUUUGUACCUCACGAUGUCAAGAGGUUUUGACUCAAGCCUUAGUUGAUAGAAUGGGGCAGAAAUAUAUUAAUUGUGAUUGUGGACAGGAUGUACCUUGUCAUAUAUUUCGAGCGCGUUUUAAGCGCUGCAUGAAUGCUUCAGUAGAUGAAGACAUGAAAGUUAGCUGCACAAAGCAUCUGAGAGAUUGCAUGGACGAUAAAUCUUGCCACCAAUUAUAUGGGAACUGGUUCGACUCGUGCAGAGAUCUGAUAUUUAGUGACACGUGCAAUGCUUCCUGUAUUAACGCACGAAGAGAACUUCAUGAACAUCCUUUAGGGUUUAACCUUAAAACGUGUGAAUGUGAUGGAAAGUACGUGCAUGAUCGUUUUUGUCGUAAGGUACGAUUUAAGCACGAUAAUUUUUGCAGAGAAGAGCGACCACAAAAGCAAGACUUUCAAAACUCAUCUUCCAAUAGAUUCCAUACGAGAAAUUUGUUAUCAAUCCAGAUUUUGUUGUUGCUAACAUCUGUCAUGUUGUUUUGGUAA